AUGGCGUCUCAACCUGGUGUGAAACAAAGGUGGCUCACAGACAGGGAGGCUGAUGGAUUGGCACGGAUAAUCCGUAACUUCUUCAUGAAGGCUUCUUCAGUGAUAGUGAAUGUUCGAUCACAGAACGCCUAUACCCAUCAAUUGGAGAAGGAAAAAGAGCUGUCUCCAUAUCUAUCAGAUGUGGAACAUAACAAUUCCUUUGACGUUAAUCAUGAUAUUAAAUUUAAAAGCAAUGUUUUUGCCAACCCCAAAUCUACCGUCUCUUCAGCAGAGAAGACCAGCUAUAGUUCCAGCCAUGUACGAACACAAUCGCAAAAGGAUAUGUGGUUCAAUUUGGAAACAUCAGCAAGUGACGUUCUUUUAAACUUUGAUUUCCAUCCCUGGGAGAUACGUGACAUCACACUACUACCUCCCAUGAUUAUCGAAACCGUACUUGACUUAACGGGAAUAUCCGAAUUUAUCCAGCUUUAUCUUGAAGACAAUAUUAUUACCACAAAGAAAAAAUCCGAGAUUGUUCUAGAGAGGUGGCUAAUAAAGCUAGACUUAAAUAAUUAUGACAAUGAAUUGAUUGAUUUGCCACUGAUAUACAAAAACUUGAUAGUUUUGUUUAGAUGUCUUUACACACUCAUAGGUUUAUUACCAGCUUCUAAAUUGACCGAGUCAAAUCUACAGGAUCGUGUCAAACUGAAAAUCCUCAAUGGCUCUAAAGCAAUAACGUCCAAAGGACGCUUUGGAUUGAGUCGACCUUUGGUUAGCAACAAGCCGGAAGUUGACAUUGUUGAAUCUAAAGACCUCUUACCGGUCCUAACGCCAAUCGGAUCUCUAGAUUUGUCUGUUUCUUACAGAAAGAAUUGCAACUUCCGUCUAUACGAGAACAUCAAUAUAGAUGCUAUCGAUAAAUCAGAAACACAUAAUUAUGAGUCACAGAAGGCUGCACUUGUAAAUUCCAAGUUUAAGGCUUCCAAUACUUCCAUUAAUAGCUUGAACAUGAAAAGAAGAAGUUCGGCAAGGCCGGGGGUGGGAUUCAGGUCCAGAUCUAUGACUUCUUCCAUUUCCAUAUCUCCUCCAGUUGCACCAUUAGCUUCCAAUCUAAUACUAGGAACAUAUCCUAUACCGGUCAAGCGUAACGAUUCCAGUUCCAGUGUCCAUUUUUAUCACAAUAAUAGUGGUGAUAAAAUUGAGCAACUCCAACAUGGUUUGAUGACGUCCCCGAUACCGGGAAAAGCUCCUUCAUCAGUGGGAUCCAAACUCAGAAACAGUGGGAGUAGGAAUAACAGUUUGGAAGGUAAGUUAACAACGACUGCUAAUAACGUUGCUGCUCCGUAUAACCCGAUCCUUCACCAUUUUAAGACUAAGAAUAAAAACAUUAUGUCUUCAUCCUCUGAUAUCGAAAUAAAUAAUUCAAUUUCUUUAAAUGAUGAUUUGAACAACUUUAUGAAACUGCUAGAAUCAAAACCAGAUUUACGGAUCUCAAACAAUUCUUCUUCAAUAUACGAAGACAGUCUAAGUAAUUUUAAGGAUCUGAAGAAAAACAACGAUUUAUUUAUUGACUCGUCUCUAAAAGAUAGCUUUGCCUAUUCAAGGUCUAUUUCUUCUUCAACCUCCCCCUCAAAACCUCCCCCUUUGGUUGGUGAUCAGAACACACUGGACUCCACUGUAAAGUUGUUGCUGGAUUCCAAACAUUCACAAAAUCAAACACAAAGCUUCCAACAAAGCCAAUCAGAGCUACAUCAACAAACGCAAAAGCAACAGAUGGGUAACUCGGGUCAGUCACAUAAGAUUCGUACCUACAGUCGAAGCAGCAGAGGCAGUAAGGGAAGCCACGGCAGCAGGGACAGCAGAGGAAGCAUUGGCUUGAUCCAUCAUCCAUCAUCUCCUAAGUCAGGAGGAAUUACAAUUGCAGGAAUCGGUGCUACUCCCAAUCAGUCAGUGCAUUCUGUUUUAAAGGCAAGCGCAACAUCCGAAAGUUUUGAUACUGUCGCCCAAGCACCAUAUUCCCUACAGAUGGAAAGAGGUGUUUCGUUACCAUCAUUUUCUCCUCCUAUAGAUUAUGAUAAGAACUUUAAAGUUGCUUCUAAUGCAGCAUCAUCAGUUUCACCCACGACUUCACAUUUGACCCAGCACAUGGCGCUUUCGUCGUCAAUGGGUAGAGCCCAAUCUCUUUUAAGAAACCUCAGUGGUCAAUCUCAGACAAGUUUUAAUAGUGGACUCCGGGGAAGAGCAGGAUCCGGUAGUUCGGUUACUGGUAGCCAGCUUCGAUCUAUUCUUCAAAACAGCUUGAAUAAUGACGCAAUUUCGUCUAGAUCUAGUCGUAAGUACAGCAGUAGUGAUGCAAGCGGGAAGAUGACACCACAACAACUGAAGGAUAUUUCUUACAAACAGGAUGUUUUUACAAGUGAUGAUGAUGGUGAUGGUAUCGAUGAUAUGACGGACGAUAGCAAGUCCCGUAAAGGUUCAACUGCCCGCACAAGGAGUAAACGUGCGGAAUCAUUAAGCAACGUGUUGAAUAAUCUAAAAAAUAUGCAGAGAAGACAAAGUAUGGUCGUAAAGGGUACCGUUUGUGAUGUCGAAGAAGAAGAUGAGGAGGGUGGGCAUCUUCUCUAUCUGGAUGACGAAGGUGGCAAUAAUCAAGAAGGAAAAGAAGAAGAAGAAGAAGAAGAAGAAGAUGACGGCCUGUUGUUUGAAAUGAGCGACAUGCCUUUGUCUAGAGACUUAUGA